ACGCGCUUGUGUCUGUUAGUCUACGCUGAUGCAGUCUCGCGGCGCACAGCCACCACAUCGACAGUGGAGGCUGAGUGGUACCCCCACCUUCCAUGCCAGGCAGAACAACAGUAUGCCCAAACAAUCUCUCAGUUACUCAGGAUGGAUGCUAUGAGUUCGUGUUUGUAUUUCGGGGGUCAUCCAUACCAGCCAUUUCACGAUGCCACAAAAGAAAUCCGUUUACUUCAUCUCCAUGGCAAGCAAAAGAACCAAGUGGCAGGAAGAAUGAGGUGCAGCCUCAGUCUCGCAUCUUAGAACGUGCUGAGCCGUUUGAAGCGCUUUCGUAUGAAUGGGGCGCGGCCACUAACCAACAAAUCAUUUUGCUGGAUGGACGACCGUUUGCAGUCAUCAGCAACCCCCACGUUGCUCUAACGCAUCUGCGCAGAGAGAGCGAAACCAGGUGUCUGUGGGUUGAUGCGCUUUGUAUCAAUCAAGCCGACCACCAUGAACGUAGUAGCCAGGUUGCUCACAUGCAGCACAUAUACCGGCUAGCCAAGACAUCGUUUUUCUUGGUAAUACAUGGCCAGGGUGUGAUGCAGUCACGGACUUGAUGGUUGCUGGAGGGGGUGACGAAGCUCUGCAUUAGGAUCCGUCGUUAGAGCCACAUAUCACCAGCCACGGAAUGAACGCCAGCUCUGCCGAGUUGGAAAAUCACAUCAUCGCC